UUUGCCCCUGUAAUUUGUUGAAUAUGCAUCAACAUGGUUGGAAUGUCAGUAUUUGUUGAAUAUGUGUUAGGGCUCUGUGAUUCUAGAAAUUUCGGUUCUGGUCCUGACGAUAUAUGCUUCAAUUUUUGUUUUAUGUGUGUUCUCCUAUGUCAGAAAUAGUUGAAAUAGAUGAUAUAUGUGUUUAAACAUUUUGCUCCGAAUUAAGCUUUCACACUGGAAAUUUGUCGUUUGUAAUAUACUUAGGAAUGUAUUGACAAUGAACUGUGAAAGAGGUGGGGCAUCCCAGGUGGGAAGAGAGAUGAUGUAGUAGUAGUAGUUGGAUGACUAUCAAUGGCUGGUAUGCUCCUUGAGAUGUCUAGCUUGAUUUCUGAGCUGUUCUCACUUCUAUUACUGCAAGAACCUUCAGUCUCUUUGUUUAGAUUAAUGGAUUCUGUGGGCUCAAUAUUAUCUCUAGUAUUCUUUAGUGCCAUUAUCUACAACUCAAAUCAAUAAUUAUCCAAAUAAUUAUAUGAUCCCAUCUAAAGGAAAAUUAAAAUGAUAGUGUUUUAAAUUUUAAUUAAUAGGGUUCUGAGCUAUGUUUAGUUGGUUCCAGUAGCAAUCCUUUCCUUUACUCACGCUGUCUAUUUAGCUACAAAUUUGUUUCAAAAGCAUUUACUUUUUAUUAACUGCUCUCAGUGGACAUUUCCAACAUUUGUCUCAUGAUUUGGUUGUCAAGAAAAAAUAAGGGAAUAACAAACUGCUUUUGGUCAGCUGUGUAGAUAACAAAAUGGCCUUUGUUAACUGAUGAUGAUGUACUGCAACUAUCUACAAAUAAGUAUUUGUAGUUACUUAUCUUUGAACCAGCAGUUUUUUUUUGCAUAAAAAUCUUUACCUCUCCUAAAUCUUCCAUUUGCAUGUGAAUGGGGGCAAUCCUAUUUAUAUAGGUUGGGGUGAUGAAGUAUAGUGUACUCCUCUGUUCCAUAUAUAUUGUCAUGUUUGACCAUACACAUUGAUUUAGGGUAUUAUAUUUAAUGUGACUAAGUGAUAUAUUUUUAUUUUUUCCCAUAGUAAAUUUACUUGUGAUUUUUUUUUUCUUAUAAUAAAUGCAGUAGAAGGUUUUUAAAGGGUUUUUUUCGGUAAUGAAGUAAUAAAUGUUGUUGUAUUUAGGAUAGUAACAAACUUGUGGGGCAUCCCUAUUUAGGAAUGAAGACAAUUUUUGAUGGACAAAGGGAGUAACUCUGAUGGUUAAAUAGAAAAUGUGAACUACUGACAUGAUGCCUUUAACAUAUUUAUUGUUGCCAAAUUUCACUGUGAUUAUAGGCCUAUAAUUAAUUUGUCAUCUGGAUCAAGGUUGUUAAGUAUGUACGUGCAAUAAGAAAGGGGAUAAUAAAAUUUGAUGAGAAGCCAAAAGAAGAACCAAACUUCUAUCUUUUGUGGGGAGAUGAUUUGACUGCUAUGGAAAGACAAGGGUUAUCUUAUAUACCUGCUCCAAAGCCUAAGCUGCCAGAAGAUGAGAUCAAAUCUUAUGAGCUUAUGUUUGAGGAAGAUCGGACAAAGUUUAUUCUGAAACAGUUUGAAUCCUUGAGAAGCGUUCCAGCAUAUUACAAAUCUGUCAAAGUAACUUCUACUUAUUAUUAUAGCAACAAUGUGCUCUUGGAUGAUGUGGCAAAGCUAUUGAUGAAAAAUGGCGUACCUAACACCGCAUCGAAAGUACAUGUUUUUUUUGUAUGAAGUAGAUUGGACAUUUUUGCUUUGGGGUUGUUUUUGUCUAAACUAAAAAUGUUCAUUUGUACAGUCUCACCUUUUAAAUUAGGCAAUGGAUACAUUACUAUGGCUAUUUGUUAGCUAUAAUGAGUUUCUUUGCCUAAGUCUUUACAAAGUUUUGUGAAAAUUUCAUUUUGGCAGGUGAAUAUGAAGUCUUUUAAUAUAUUGAUGAGUUUACUUUGA